GAGAGAGAGUGUGAGUGUCAGGGAUAGAGAGAGAGAGAGAGAGUGUGAGUGUAAGGGAUAGAGAGGGAGAGAGUGUGAGUGUCAGGGAUAGAGAGAGAGAGAGAGUGUGAGUGUAAGGGAUAGAGAGAGAGAGUGUGUGUGUAAGGGAUAGAGAGAGAGAGUGUGAGUGUCAGGGAUAGAGAGAGAGAGAGAGUGUGAGUGUAAGGGAUAGAGAGGGAGAGAGUGUGAGUGUCAGGGAUAGAGAGAGAGAGAGAGUGUGAGUGUAAGGGAUAGAGAGAGAGAGAGAGAGAGAGUGGGGGGAGCGGGCACGACAUGGCGCGGCUGCUGGUGCUGCGGGCCCCUUGCUCCGGGUUCCGGGCGCUGCUCGCCGCUUUGCUGCUGGUAGCCGCCUUGCAGCUGCUUUACCUCGGCCUCCUGUCUGGGCUGCACGGCCGCCAGCAGCGGCUCCGCUACUCCCGGCUCUUCCAGGCCGGAGCCCGGCCCGGGGCUGCUCCCGGUGCUGGGGCCCAGGGAGGAGAGUCCGAUUCCCGCAGCCCCCCGACCCUGGGCCCGGGGAGGCUGGAUCCCAGUGGGCGCUAUCGCCUGUACCGGGACGUGAGCCGGAGCCCGGUGGCCCGUAAACCCGGGGGCUUGGAGCUGAGCCUGGCUACCCACAGCUCAUUGCACAACCUGUACCAUCUGCCGGCCUUGGCACGCCGCUGGCAGGGACCACUGGCAGUGGCUGUGUUCGCUGGCCCCGGGGAACUGAGAGCCAGCCUCCAGCUCAUUCACAACCUGGAGGGGCACUGCCCGUGCCUGCGAGGUCGGGUCACCUUCACAUUGGUGACUCCCAGCAGGGACAGGGUUCUCCCGGAGGAAGGGGAGGCCCUGGACCCUGGGGCAGGAGAGCCCCUGGAACUCGGGGCUGGAGAACCCCCGGACCCCCACCCAGCCUGCCAUCGGGCCCUCACUCGCCUGCGUCGCUUUGGCCUGGGACACACCAACUAUGCGCUCAGCGCCGGGCCUUACCCAAACAAUCUGCUCCGCAACGCAGCCCGUGACGCUCUACCCUCCCGCCACGUCCUGCUCAUCGAUGUGGACAUGCUGCCCAGCGGCAGGCUGCACCCCCUCUUCCUGGAGCUGCUAGCCACCCUGCCCCAGCCACCACCCAGCCCCGGGCAGGGUGCCAGCCCCCUCACUCCCACCGACCGCACUGUCUUUGUUGUGCCCGCCCUGGAGAUGCGUCAUACCCGCCGCCUGCCUGAGGACAAGGCCGAGCUCCAGCAGCUGUACCAGGUGGCCGAGGUGCGCCCUUUCUAUGCCGAGCUGUGCCCCCGCUGCCAGUCUCCCACCAACUACAGCCGCUGGAUCAACCUGCCCAGUGCCAGUGGGCCUGGCCUGCGGGUGGCAUACACUCGCCAGUGGACUGACCCCUGGGAGCCCUUCUACAUCUCUCGCACCACCGUGCCCCCCUACGAUGAGAGGUUUGAGCAGUAUGGCUUCAACCGCAUCAGUCAGGCCUGUGAGCUCCACGUCGCUGGCUACAGUUUUGCAGUGUUGGACAAUGCCUUCCUCAUCCACAAAGGCUUCAAGCUGGCCAGCGAGUUCCACCCGCAGAAAGAUGAGGAGAACAGACGCAACCGGAUCCUCUUCCGCCAGUUCAAACAGGAGCUGAAGUUAAAAUACCCUGAUUCACCCUACCGAUGCUGAAAUCAAUCCCUCCAGUCUUCGUCACUGGUCAGACAGACAAUGCCUUCACUCACUGGAGAAGCAAGGGACAGACUCCCCUCUUGUCCCAAGAGGGGUAAAUCUCACUGACACUGUCCUGCCUCCAUCACAGGGAGCUGAAAGACAAUUUUAGCCUGUCCCUAUGUUGGUCACAAGAAGCAAAUUCUGAGAUAUUUUAAAUUAAAUACCAAAAGAACUGUGGAUGCUGGAAAUCAGAACUAGAAAUAGCUGGAAAAACUCCAGAGGUUUGGCAGAACAUGGAGAGGUUAGCGUUAACAUUUUGGGCCAUAGUCACAGCUGUGCAGCAAAGAAACAGACCCUCUGGUCCAACUGUCUACGCCAAACAGAUAUCCUAACAAGGUGUCAAGCUGGAUGAACACAGCUGGCCAAGCAGCAUCAGAGGAACAGGAAGGCUGACGUUUCAGGUCUGGACCCUUCUAUCAUCUCCUAAAUUAUUCUAGUCCCAUUUGCCAGUCCAGUGACCCUCCCUAAGCGCUGAUAGUAGGCAGAAAAAAGUUUUUUUUUGCCCAAGUUGGAGGAAAGGGAGUAAACAAUAGGUAGACCCCAAGGAGAAUAGAUAAAAGGAGUGGACAAUGGUCAGCCUGGGAGAAUGAAGAUAUUAAGGCGGGGGGUGGCACACUAAGUGACUCCCAAUGGGUUGUGUAAUAGCAAACUAUGUUGUAACAAGGCUUUGUGUGUUAGAUGAUGGGGCUAAGGACAUGGAGAACCUGCUGGGUUCAGCUGAAUUCCAAUUUUUGAGGCAUGUCCUCAACAAGCCUUGUUAUCAGAGACAGUAACUGAUGUUGGAGUCCGAGAGAAGUGUGGAGCUGGAAGAACAUGGCGGCCCAGGCAGCAUUAGAGCAGGAAAGUUGGCUUCACAGAAACAUCAACCUUCCUGCUCCUCUAAUGCUGGCUGGGCUCGUGUUCUUCCAGCUCCACAAUAUGUUAUCAGUGUGCUAUUACACACAUCAUAGGAGCCACUCAUCCUCCUUUGUCUGUCCAACUGUCUUCCCUUUGGGCUCUACUCUUCCUUAUCCUCUCCCCACUAUCACAAAAUAAAACCAAACCUUUUCCUGGCCACAGAUAGUAGGAUUCUCCAGCAUCUGCAGUUCCAAGACAAGGUACAGAGCUGGAUGAACAAAGCAGGCCAAGCAGCAUCUUCAGAGCAGCAAAGCUUGUGUUUCAGGCCUAGACCCUUCAUACCAUUAGUUCUGAGAUUCAACCAGACCCUCUAUGCUUUUCCAGCAAUUUGUUUUGCUGGAUUCUUUCCAAGCUGGAAGACCAGAUUGUGGAAGGAAAGGUUCCUAGAAUACUGGAAUUCACAAAGCUGAUACAGGAUGUCACUGCAAAAGGCAAGACAACAAAACACAAGCAUGCAGACCAUUGCUGCUUCACAUGGCUGUUCCUGAGAUCACAGCUAAUCAUUUAACCCUCAACUGCAGUCCUCAGUCCCUUAAAAAUCAGCCUCCUGGAUCCAGACUGUAAAAAUCUGAAUUCUAACAUCAAGUAACAGACCCAGUGUACAAAGAGGGUUUUACUGUGCACACCAGUAAUAAGCAGGCCACCUAUUGCAAUCAGGCUGAGUGAGUGAAGGAGAUGGUCACUGUCCUGUUCUGGAUGCAAGACCCAGCCAAGGCUACUGCUGCAAAGCGCCAGUCUCAGUAUGGCUUAAUCUCCAAUCCACCCAAACGCUCACUUCUCCUGCAGCCAAUGGGGUGCAAUUGCUCUGGAAUUGGAAGCAGCCAGUUGUAUUUGUACAUUUUGUAUUAUAAA